AUGGCGUCGUCGCUGCUCGGCCGGCUGAAGGCCAUCGAGGUCGACCGGGACUUGCUGGUCUUCAAGAUCCUCUAUACCUUUGUCGCCGCCACCUUCGCCUCACUCGGGCCCUUCCUGUCGGUGAUCUUCGCCGGGCGCGGGCUCACCCCCUCGGAGAUCGGGAUCAUCCUCUGCGCGCGGCCGUUCGUCUUCUUCGCCGGGGCCCCGCUCUUUUCCAUCAUCGCCGAUCGGGCCCGGCGGACUCGGUGGCUGCUGCUGACGGUCUUCGUCCUGAGCGCGGUCAUCCGCACGCUGAUCGCCUUCAUCCCGGCCGAGCGCUUCGCCCUGCUGGCCUUCGUGGUGCUGACGUGCGAGUUCUUCGGCAGCCCGGUGUACUUCCUCAUCGACACCGUGGUGCUCAAGGUCCUGGGAAAGAACUCCGAUCGCUAUGGCCAGCAGCGCCUGUUCGGCAGCAUCGGCCCUAUAUUUAUUGAUGAAAUCGUUCGCGAGGGGCAUCCCCGCACGCGUGUCGGCAACCUCUACGUCGCCAAUCGCAACGCCAUUGUCCACUUCGGCACGCUCGAACACCUCACUCCGGAGAGCCUCUACCGUCGGCUUGCCUCACCCCCUGAUCUUCCGCCGAACUGGGUGGGCUGCCCGAAUGUCAACCCCGUCAGCUUUACCAAUGUUCAAACGGGCAAGACGGUGAAUUUCCUUGCGCUCAAGGCACCCCUCGACUCCAAUUACGACUCGCGUUUGCGCAAGGAGGACUACUGGACGCCUCAGAUGCUCUUCGCCGAGGCGGAGAAGAACAACUGGGGCACCAUCGGCCUGGUGAUUGACCUGACCAAAUCAAGCCGGUACUAUGAUGAGCGCAUCGUGACGGACCUGGCUGCGCGUUAUGUGAAGAUCAUCUGCCAAGGCCGCGGCGCAACUCCCACGCCGGAUCAGGUGUCGCAGUUUGUCUCGGCGGUCGACUCCUUCCUCGUCCACAACCCGGAGAAGAUCAUUGCUGUCCACUGCACCCACGGCUGUAACCGCACCGGAUUCAUGCUGGCCGCAUAUGCCCGCAUGCGGUGCGGGCUUUCGGUCGAUGCGGCCAUCAAUAUCUUCGCCAAGAGCCGGUGCCCUGGCAUUUACAAGCACGACUACUUGCGGGAUCUCCUGGCUCGGUACCAGGGCAAUGAAGACAUGAUCACCUUCCCGGAAAUGCCGACUUGGCACCUGGGCGACGGUCCGGACGCCUUUGAUCCUUACCAGGACGGUGGUGGCAAGCCCGCCAGCGCUCCCCACAUGAUCGGCCCGCGCGGGGAUAUUGGCACGCUGGUGGCCGACCCGGUUCUUCUGAGUACCCUGCAGAACUUUUCCCUGGAGAUGUGCCGCGCUUCUGAGUCGCAAACCAAGCGCCGGCGCUUCCCCGGGGCCAUGCCGGUGUCGUUGACCAUUGACCGCCUGUCGCACUUCGAUCGUGUUGAGUGCCUGGUCUCCUGGAAGGCCGAUGGCGGGCGUUUCUUCAUGGUCAUCUGGGAGAAUGAUCUGGUGUACAUGGCAGAUCGGCACUUCAACUUCUACGAAGUGGCUGGCAUGAAGAUGGCUCCCCUGCCGGGCCAGCCGCCUCUUACGCGCACUCUGUUGGAUGGGGAAAUCGUGGUGGAUUCCAUCCCGGGCUCAACGCCAGACUUCCGCAACCGCUUUUUGGUGUACGAUAUCAUGGCCUUGCGGGGCAAGUCCGUUGUCGAUAUGCCGUACAAGGCCCGGCUGAAGAUGGCCGAGGGCGAGAUCACGGGCGGGCGCAACGCGUAUCGUGCGCAAAAUCCGUCUUUUGAUUGGAAUUCCGAGCCCUUCUCCCUCCGGAUGAAGCUCUUCCUGCCGAUUGAGCAAGUUGGCCGCAUCCUGAAGAUCAUCCAGUCUCUGCCGCACGAGAACGACGGGCUGAUGUUUGCUGCCGCGGAGCAGAUCGUCGAGUGUGUAUAUGCCAAAGGCCAGACAUGGCGGCUGUUGCGUGGUCGGCCGGACAAGUCGGAGCCCAACCAGAUGACCACUGCGCGCAAUGUCUUCCGCUCGAUUCAGGAGAAUCUGGAUGAGCCGCGUCUGCUGGCCUCCAUCGAGGCGUCGGUUCGCCGGGUGAGGGAAAAAGGCUUCCCCCGGGAGAAGCCCCACGAUUUCUUCACCAAUGCGCACCCUGGACGGGGACCGGGCGGCGGGCCGCCCGGGUUCGGGCAUUUUCCACCAGGCCCCGGUGGCCCGGGCGGGCCCCAGCACCUCCAUCCUAUGCACGGCAUGCCGCCGCACUUUGGACCUGGCGGGCACUACCUCCCGCCGCAUGGGGCCCCGCCGGGGCAUCAUUACCCGCCACCGGUCGGCGCGAUGUCUCCCCAUUUCCACCACUCCGGCGGUCCGGGGCCCAUGAUGAACCGCAAGCGCCCGGGGAUAUCCUGGCCCGGUGGUGUGCAUCCCUAUGCCUCGCCCGCGGCCGCGGCCGCGGGCAGUGUGGCGGCUCCUGUCCCCGGACCGGCGCCCCCGGCAGCGGUGCAAUCUUCCGGUCCCUCCUCGGUGGCCGGCAGUGCCGCCACCCCGGCCCCGGUCGCCAGCAGCACGGCCGACUCGCUCGCGUCUGCGGCCACUUCCGCCCUGGCUACUGGCACCGACCCCCAUUCGUCCCCCUUCUCGGACGACUUCACCGAUAUCUCAGACACCAGCUUCUCUUCGAGCUUCAACCCGACCUCCGACUCGCCGCCCUCUCCGCGCCCGGAGGAGGCAGAGGGCCACCCAGCGAAGCGCUUCAAGUCAUAG